AAACUCACUGAUUAAAUAGGUUGAUCAGUUUUGUUCACUUAUCAAGUAAAUACACAUCGUUGCUUAUCUCUUAGAAAAUGUGAUCAUUUGUUUGGUUUUCUCAGUUUCAAAUCAUUAUAGAAAAAAUACUUACAGACCUUGGCUGGGCCUCAGACAAUUCCAGUUACAUUCAAGAAUCCCAUGUGCUCUGGUAACUUAGACAUUUAUUUAAUCACAUCUUAAUGACAAAAAUGAUCCAUUAAUCAGAGAAAAUAAUCUCUCAACGUUUAAAGUAACCGUGGUCAUCUGUUCAAGAUCCCCCUGAAAGCAACACAUGGUCCUGAGGUAGAUAACGGCCAGGUAAGGUCAUGUGACUAGUGUUACGAUGCUGCUUCAAAGCCCCCCUUUAGGGGUCAAAACAGCGUGAAAUCCAAUUUCACACUUUCUUAACCUUUAACUAUCAGCACUGAUCACGGACGGAAAAAAACAGAUGUUUUGCUUGUGUGCAUGUGUGCUUGUGCGUGUGUGCUAGUGUGUGUGCUAGUGUGUGUGUGUCUGUGUGAGUGUGUGUGUGUGUGCGCAUGUAUGAAUGUCUGACAACUCUUCAGCAUCCCCUAGCAGUGAGUCCAUUAGCCCCGCUCCCCCUCCCAAGUUGCGGUGCAAUAAAGUAAACAACGUGUGUUUGAUCAAUCCAGCCAGCAAAUAUUGGUCCUGGAAACAGCCUCAUCCUAAAUGAGAUGGACACACACACAAACUGAUCACACACACAACACACACUUAUCCAUUCCUCACACACACACACACACACACACACACACACACACACACACACACACACACACACACUGAUCCCACACCCACACAAACACACCUCUGUCUGGAGGUAUAUAUACCGUGUGAGCCAUGCUGGAGCAAUAAUGUGCAUGCCCUCCCCUGUGCACACUGGAACCCCACACACUGUAGCAGGACCAGACCAACGCACUCUACCCAGAGCCUCCAGCCUCCAGACACGGCUCCACCUAGCCUCACCUCAGCCCUUAGGCCCGCUACAACCACAGAACCCGUCUCCCAGCAUGGCCACCAGUGUGAUCAGGAACGUUCUCUUCCAGCCCCCGGGAGCCCCGGGUUCCCGGUACCUCCCCCUGGUCCCCCAGCACCACCAACACCCCCGCUCCCUCACCCUGGAGUUCCUGGAGGAGAUGGAGGAGGAGCAGGGAGGGAGAGAAGAGAGAGGGGAGCCAGCAGAGCCAGACGAGGAGAUGAUGGAGGAGGAGGAGGAGGAGGAGGAGGAGGAGGAGGAAGAGGACGACGACGAUGUAGACUGUGAGUCUGAGGUCCAGGAAGGCGAAGAGGACGAAGGGGAGGAGAGGGAAGGCUUCAAGAUGGCCGACCUCCCUCCUCUCCAGCCGGCGGUGGACAUGACCCGACAGCUGCUGAGGUUCGCCCACCUCAUCAGCAGCGACGUUCGCCGCUACUUCGGCCCCGGGGCCGGCGCCCAGGACCCGGGCGAGGGCCCCGGCGACCCUCUCCCCGGGACCUCCAGCGGGCGGCUGCGUUACUACGACGACCUGCUGAAGAUCGCCAGGACGGAGGGUCCGGGUUCGGACGGCCGCGAGGCGACCCACUCGGGUCAGAGGGACGGAGGGGGGGCCGGGGGAGGGGCCUCGGGUUUGGGGCCCCUCGCCGAACUGUUCGACCGCAGCAGGCUGACCCAGGGGUGCAGCCAGCCCUGGGUCCGGCGGCACCUCCCGCUGAGCUUCUGGACCGAGCCCACCCCCCGCUGCUCCGAGCCCGCCCACAAAACGACAUUCCCGGCAGGGGGGACGCACACGGACCUUGACGCGCAGGAGCACUACGGCGGCGCACACUCGCACGCAGCCGAGUCGCACCCCACGCUGGACCACGCGCACCCGGACUUCAGUGACCUGCUGGCCCACUGGGACCCCCACCCGGAGCUCCCUCACGCACUGUGAGAGAGCGCACGGACCCCUCCCACGGAGCCACGGCGAGCCCGCCGCAGGAACGCCACGGCCAGACACAGACUGUAG